AUGGAAUAUUCUCUAAAACUGCUAAGAAAUAUUUACUUUAAAUUGAUCGAGAAUAUCCCAGGCAUACCACGAAAUCGACGAUGUUGGGAUCGUUCCACGGAAAGGCUGCUCGAUAUGUCUGUGGUUCUCAAUCCAGAACAUCGUCAUCAACUACUACAAGAAAUCGAUUCCCAAAGUUACCAAGCACAGAAGCACCUCUACUGCUCUCUAUUUUGCGCUUUUCUUGUGUGCAGUAUAUUCUUCGGAUUGUUUACCGGCACUCCUUUAAAUGAUUCGACCAACGUAUCACGUAUAGAUUUAGCCGGCUGCACCAGAAAUUCCCUGCCUGAAAACAUCUCUACGUGUGUACCCUUUUACGAGUUGAUGCGGCAUCAUGUAGCCAUCAAUACCGGCAAUCAGUUCUUCAAAAGAAACAGGUUGUCUGUCGUGGCUGCUUAUGCGUACCCUAAUUAUUCCGUAGUGACCAUUGAAGCAGACGGAUGGUACGGAGAAAAAGUUUACUGUCGAUAUUUCGAUCGACACAUGAAGGAGCUCACCGAACCGGUUGCAUCAAUAGUUUUUCCGGAGUUUGCUGUACAUUGUUGUAGACAUCUUCGGGCCGAAUACAUGACUGUCAGCGAAGAAAAAGAACAGGCGAUAACUGUUGCAGCGCGCAUCAUAGACAGGAUCUCUGCUAAACCUCAGUAUACUCUGUCAUUAUGUCUCGCAGCACUGUAUGGAAACCAGAGCAAAUGGUUGCUGUUAGCUGAAUUAGUCGAGCACUAUAAACUGCAAGGAGUAGAACAUUUUUAUUUCUAUAUUAAAGAUAUUGACCAAUACUCACAAAAGCUUGUUAAUGACUACGUGGAAAACGGAGAAGCAGAAGUAGUGUAUUUUCGUCAGGAAGAAGAUCGACUGCCAGAGGAUUGGCAGCAUGUAUCCGUACAGGACUGCCUGCAACGUAGUCGCCAUCACUCUCGUUAUUCUAUUUUUGGCGAUUUGGAUGAAAGAAUAAUUCCUCUGGGGAAAAUUAGGCUUGUUGACUACGUAUUAAAGAAAAUGGGUGAAAAGAACAAUAUUGGUAUGAUAAAGUUUACCCCUCGAUUUGUACUGCGAACAAGAAAGCCUCCUGAUAACUAUGAGGGGACAAAAACACUUAGUAAAAAUUUGCCAACACUUGUGUUUCGCAACACAUCAGCGACACCUUUAGGGUAUUAUACCAAGUGCAUACUGGAUCCUACAAGGGUUCUACUUCAAUGGGUACAUAAUGUGAAGGUUUACUUUCCUGGUUACGUCGGUUUAGAGGCACCCCGCAAUGAAGUAAUAAUUCGGUUAGCGAGUUUACCGUUUCUGUGCAUGACGUCUAUGAUAACAUGUAUUUAA